CAGUUGUUGCUCAAUGGAAGUCAAUAAAUACCGGUCGUUUCCCCCCCCCCCCCCCUCCUUCCUGCCUGAUCAGUUCAUUACUUCCUCACCUACUUGAUCAAUCUUCAGUGACAAUUCGAGGCUAAUUGCUCUCUUAUACUAUCCUCUUUUCCGGGUCUAAUUUCACCCCCCACACACCAUAUACAUCAUGGAGGACAUGAACAAAUACAAUUCCAAAUGGGUCGAGUUCCAUAUUCGGGACCACCUCAAGGACGGCGAAAUCUCCGUGCGACACACCGUUAUCGAAGACGGCGAGUUCCACAAUCCCAACGAUCGUAGAAAAUCGCUCCAUGAAGACGAGAUCGACGAUAUCGUGAUCCCGGCCGACGGCAUCGGCGAGAUCUGUGCUCACGGACGUAGAGGCAGUGAGGGUCGUCUGGACCUGUUCCAUGGCGACUCCAAGAUUUGCGAACUCCACUGGGACAAUCGCGAAGGCAGACUCGUCAACCUGGUCGAAACGUUGGACAAUAGUGACAAGUACAGGGUCGAGCAUGGGGGAUGGAGCCCAGAGGCAGGACCUCUGGGCCAUGUUUACGUGGAUGUAUGGGACAAGGACAAGAGCAAGAGCAAGUAG